GAUUUAGGCAAACGUUGGUUUUUAGUAUUUUUAUUUAGUUUAAGUUUUAUGUUAAGUUUCACUUCAAAAAUUAUUUCGAUAAUCUGAAUUAAAUUGACGAGUGUUUAAACCUUUAUAUUUGAUAAAUUUACAAGAUGCGAGAAAUAAUAACUCUUCAAGUUGGUUCCUGCGGUAAUCAGAUUGGAGGCAAGUUUUGGGAGGUAAUAUCCGACGAACAUGGUAUUGAUCCUAGUGGCUGCUACCACGGCGACUCUGACUUGCAAUUAGAAAGAAUCAAUGUGUAUUACAAUGAAGCAUCUGGCGGAAAAUACGUUCCAAGAACAGUAUUGAUAGAUCUCAAGCCAGCAACUAUGGAUGCCGUGCGCUCUGGUCCGUUUGGGUGUUUAUAUCGACCUGACAAUUUCGUGUAUGGACAACAUGGUGCUUCAAACAAUUGGUCAAAAGGGCAUUACACAGAAGGUGUAGACAUAUUGGAAUCGUGUUUAGACGUAGUUAGAAGAGAAGCUGAAGGCUGUGAUUGUCUUCAAGGGUUCCAGAUGUCACAUUCUCUGGGCGGGGGAACUGGUUCUGGCCUCGGUACAUUACUAGUAAACAGGAUAAGAGAAGAAUAUCCCGAUAGAAUAAUACUGACCUUUUCUGUGUUCCCUAGCCCCAGAGUGUCAGAUUGUGUGGUGGAACCUUAUAAUACAACACUGGCAGUCAACCAACUGGUUGAGAAUACGGAUCACGUGUUUUGUCUAGACAACGAAGCACUGUACGACAUCUGUUUCAGAACCCUAAAGUUGACCACACCUACGUAUGGUGAUUUAAACCACUUGAUUUGUGCAACAAUGUCUGGUAUCACAACAUGUUUGAGAUUUCCCGGCCAGUUAAAUGCGGAUUUAAGGAAAUUAGCAGUGAAUAUGGUACCGUUUCCACGACUCCACUUCUACACACCCGGCUUCGCGCCUUUAACAUCAAGAGGAGCUCAGCAAUACAGAGCGUUGACAGUUCCAGAAUUAACACUCCAAAUGUUUGACGCCAAAAACAUGAUGGUUGCAUGCGACCCACGACAUGGAAGAUAUUUAACAGUAGCGACAGUAUUCAGAGGAAGGAUGUCCAUGAAAGAAGUGGACGAGCAGCUUGUGAAUAUCCAAAAUAAAAAUAGUACAUAUUUCGUAGAGUGGAUUCCUCAUAACGUUAAGAUAGCAGUCUGUGAUAUACCCCCAAGAGGAUUAAAAAUGGCAUCUACAUUCAUCGGCAACACAACAGCUAUACAAGCCAUAUUUAAGAGGGUAUCUGAGCAGUUCGUAGCUAUGUUCAGGAGGAAAGCGUUCCUUCAUUGGUAUACCGGUGAGGGUAUGGACGAAAUGGAAUUCUCGGAAGCAGAGAGCAACAUGAAUGACUUGGUAUCAGAAUAUCAGCAAUAUCAAGAUGCCACGGCGGACGACGAAGGAGAAUUUGACGAAGAAGCGGAAGGCGAGGGGUUAGAAGGAUAAUGUUCAAUUUUUGGUGCCCAUAUUGAUUAACGUAAAAUAAAACCGAAGACUAAAA